UAUUUUUUUUCAGAACUUAUUUUGUGACCUAACCUUACAUUAUUUUUCUGCACAGCAAAUAUUAGAUGCCCAUGAUUUGAAAACUCGAAUGUCAAUUGCGAUUGAACUCCUAGCAAGACAAAUAAACAUUUUAAAAGUGACUCAAAAAGUUCAUUCAACUAUGAGCAAGAAGCACAAAGAAUUUUAUUUACGACAGCAACUUAAUGCUAUUAAAGAAGAGUUAGGAGAACGUGAUGACUCAUCACACGAAGACGACGAUAUCACAGAUUUAACAAAAAGAAUAAAAGAAGCUGGACUUUCACCAGAGGCAAAUAAAGCUGCACAAAGAGAGCUCAAACGUCUUAAGCGUAUGCAUUCGACCCAAGCAGAAUAUCAAGUCGUUCGUACUUAUUUAGAAUGGCUUUCAGAGAUCCCUUGGAGCAAAUCUACUAGUGAAAUUAUAGAUAUUGACAAAGCACGUCAACAACUUGAGGAUGAUCAUUAUGGCCUUGAGUCAGUUAAGAAACGUAUUUUGGAAUACUUAGCAGUAUUGAAAUUAAAAGGAGAUUUGAAAGGGCCAAUUCUGUGUUUACUUGGCCCUCCAGGUGUUGGGAAAACUUCAUUGGGUAAAAGUAUUGCCAGCGCUCUUGGACGAAAGUUUCAUAGAAUUUCUUUAGGUGGUGUAAGAGAUGAAGCUGAGAUACGUGGACAUCGUCGAACUUACAUUGGUGCCAUGCCUGGACUCAUUGCCCAAGGUCUUAAACGUGUUGGUGUUAAUAAUCCUAUAUUUUUACUUGAUGAAAUUGAUAAAGUUGGACAUUUGAGCAAUCACGGAGACCCAUCCGCUGCUUUACUUGAAGUCCUUGACCCAGAACAAAACAACACUUUUAAUGAUCAUUACCUUAAUGUUCCUCUUGAUUUAUCUAAAGUUUUAUUUAUUGCUACAGCUAAUCAAGUUGACACAAUACCCGCUCCUCUCUUAGAUCGUAUGGAACUUAUAAAUAUACCAGGAUAUACAUUUGAAGAGAAAAUAAAUAUUGCUCAAAGACAUUUAUUACCAAAGCAAAUUACAAAUCAUGGUCUUUCACUAGAUGAUGUAAAGAUGUUGGAUGAAGUAUUGUUAAAAAUUGCUUCUGGUUAUACUCGGGAAGCUGGCGUUAGAAAUUUUGAAAGGGAGAUCGCGAGUGUAUGCAGGGCAAAAGCUGUUGAAUAUGCUAAUGCAAAAGAUAAAAAUGAAUUAGAAAACUACAAUAAUGAAGUUACCGCGAAGGAAAUUGAAAACAUCUUAGGGGUUACGAAAUUUGAUAGUGAAGUUGCUGAACGCGCAGCUAGACCAGGUGUAGUUACUGGUUUAGCAUGGACAUCCUCUGGAUCCGGCGGUAUUUUAUUUAUUGAAGCUACUCAAAUGGCCGGAAAAGGAGAUCUUCAAUUAACCGGUAAGUUGGGAGAGGUUAUCAGAGAAUCAGCUAGGAUUGCACUUUCAUGGGUGCGAGCGCAUGCUUUUCAAUUGGGGAUUACAACAUCAAAAACAGAGCCUACGUUUUUCUUUCAAAGAGAUGUCCAUAUACAUUUUCCUGCAGGUGCAAUUGGUAAAGAUGGACCAUCAGCCGGUGUAGCUUUGACAAUUGCACUUGUAUCUUUAUUUACGCAUAGGCAAGUACCAACAACAACGGCAAUGACAGGUGAAAUUACUUUACGAGGUCAAGUUUUGCCUGUAGGAGGUAUAAAAGAAAAAAUAAUCGGUGCACAUCGUGCAGGUAUUAAAAAAGUUAUCCUACCUGCAAGAAAUCGAAAAGAUGUUGAAGGAGAUGUACCAGUUAAUGUGAAGAACGAAAUCAAUUUUGUUUAUGCAAAUAAUAUUUUCGAUGUUCUUCUGGGUGCUUUCGAAGGAGAGAAAAUCUGGUCAGAUUCUACUCCAAUUGUGGAAUUUGAGAGUCGACUUUAAUUUCAAUAACAAAAUUAUUUAUUAUAACUUAUUUAUGAUAUAUUUGCUUUAAAAUCCGUUUUGAUGUUUAUAUAAUAGAUGUAUUUAUAGUUAAAUAAUAAAAAUGAUUGUAAUUUUCC